CUGCUAUCACGUUUUGAGACUGUAAGUUCACCCGGUUCAUGGCCGCCUUGGACUAAUAAUUGUCUUUAGCCCCAGAGAACAAAUAAUCUGGAUUUAUUAUAAAUGCAGACACCGAGGGUGUAACAUAGUUAACUUCUUAUGUUUAUGACAGACCGUCACUUAAAGAAAAUCCACAAUUCUGCUUUGAAUGUACCGAUUUCCAAAUUUGCCACAGUCGCAAUGCAAUUUGAAAGUGGAAGUGCCCCAUAUCGCCGUCACCUCUUCAGCUCCCCACUUCCUGCUGGUCCGCUCUGUUCACGCCGGCCUCCCAUUGUAGUGACACCGUCCCUUUAGGCAUCAACAGAGCCGAGACAAAGGAGGGAGGCAGGCGUAGUUUGAGAUAAACACGCGGCUCAGGCUCCACGAGGGCCGCAGGGAGCCGGGGCUCCGCAGCAGCACCAGCAGUGCGUCUGCUGGUGGAAAGCUACCUGACAGCUGCUUCUCACACAUCAGAUAAGAUUACAGGUACACCCAGUACACCUGUUUAAACAAACCCUCGCGCAAGCACGCCGCCAUGCGCGCGCCUGUCUGAAGAAGACUAAUAGAGAUAACAAGCUAAUCCAGGAGCAGGUGCAUGCUUGUAAUUGGGGCAAGCCACACAUAUAUAGCAGGGCGGAAGAAGUUCAUUAUUAAUACUGUGUUUGAUUUAUGUGAUCACAGGGUUGAUUGUGCAUUUUUUAAGAGUUUUUUUGUGUCUCUUUUUUUGCGAAUUCAUUGUAGUUUUCACCGACUACCAGGCGGGUGUUGUAAACCUCGGAAACUCUGGCUGUCAGUGAUGUUGCAGAAUCAGAGCAAGACUUGCAGAGAAGCAGCCGAUCACAAGACGGACAUGUUGGCACACAAUCACGCGCGCACACACACACACACACACACACACACAGUUAAUGCCUGCUCCAUUUGGCUCUAGCCUGACAUCUAGCGACUCAGGCUGUAAUAUGAUCUCACAUGACACUGGCAUGUUAACAUAAAGAGAUGGGCUGGAAGCUGCAGCAGGAUUGAAGGGUUUUUUUUGUUUUUUUUUUUAGAUUAAAUGUAACAAUUACUUUCUAUAUAUCUGGUUCACCACAAUGUACCGACAUGUAGAGAGUAAAUAAAAGCAGCCCACAGCCACUCUGUCCCUCUAAAGCCCCGCCUAAGCUGCCAUCUGUGAUGUCACUGCGCGCGGCGGUGUCGUAACAGUUUGUCAAAUAACACAACGGGCGGCUCGACGUUUGGGUGGGCUCGCCCCGUGCUGAAAUACUACGGCAAGCCUGACUGACGCAACAUGUUGUGGCCUCCUCCUUUGUGUUUUCUCAGCAUUUUCUCGGCCACCACGCAUGACACACAAUCUAAUUUUAGCUGCCCGGCCUUCAUCCACAUGAAGCUAAUGUGGUUUCCAAGUAUAGAGGAGGACGAGGAUGUUAGAUAUAUGUGUGUAUAUAUAUACAGUAUAUAAGGGAUAUUGGUGCAUAAGACGUAUUAAGAAUAACAAUUAUUUCAUUUUAAUCAAGCAUUUCUGCCUAAAAACUUUCUUUUUUUUUUACAGGUUAAAAUGUAUUGUUUUGGUAGUUGAUCCUGCCAAAACACUUUUCUUUGUUGUUGAAGAAAGUCACUGAAGAUAUUGUUGUGUUUUUCGUUGUGAGCUGUAAAGGAGGUCAUGAGGAUUAUAUGUGACUAUAUGAACUCAGUUAAACCUAAAAGCUGUCCCAAGAGUUGUAUCUGAGAACUCCUCCGUGUUGGACAGGAAUGUGAAUCCAGGUUUGACUAGUUUAGCGGCAGCGCUAAUGCUAAUGUCAGACCAGCACCCCGAGGGAGUUGUAGCCAAGGAACUUCACAUCUGAGCUGCUGUUGUCAGGGAAAAGGUUCCACAUGCACCUGGUUAGAAUGGAUACUGAAAGGUUUGUUAUUAUUUCUGUAAUGUUUUAUACCUUAAUAAAAAAAAAGUGUUUUGUCUUUUGCCUGUCUUUAACAUGGAGGUCAAAUCAGGUUACUUCAUGAAAGAAAAUAUGAAGAUAAUCUUGAUUCUACUCCCAAACAGGACACAGCAGAGAGGUGGCUGUUUCUCCUUAAAGCCAUUAGAGGCCCCAACUAGGGAUCAUCGUCUGGGGCCCCAUUUCCAGAUAAGCCCAUUACCAUUAUAAGUACUUAGAGAAAGUUGGGGAAGAGAAACAAUUGUAAGGUUACGUGACUGUUAGCUUACAGUCGAGUUAGCUAACAUGACUUUUGGCUUACAAACAGCCGUGCUAACAAUACAGCUCAGAGAAAAGUAGCAGAAAUUACUAAGCUACCAAUAAAACUUGACUCUGUUAACACGAAUUACAAAUGAUGAAAGGGUUUUUCUUGCAAACCCUUAAGAGUUCCUUCCUCCCUUUGAGAGCGGUGGGUCCGUGUUAAUCAGGCGUAUCGGAUACGGAUCAGUGGGAUAAUGUAGGUUCCAAACGCAAAUGGGAAAGAUGAUUCUGGAUCGAAAAAUUUUAAAUGCAUGUUGAUUACUUUGCAUCAACGUUCCAUAUAUCCAAUAUAUGUUAGUGUGAAGUAUAAUAGUUAGAACAUCACUGAUUUAUUUGAGUAAAAUUUCUGUAAAAAGUAGAGGGCAACUCCAUAAUGGUUCUUAAUUGGUGGCUAACUAGUAGCCGCUGCUAUUCGUUGGGAUGGUACAGCAAAGGCAGAAGAGAAGUUAAUUUAUUGGGCCCCUGAGGUAUGGCCAGGGCCUAAAUAACUAUACCAGACCUUGAUGUUAAAGAAAUGCACAAAAAUUAUGUUAUUACAUCUGACUUGAAUAAAAUCUAGAGCCCGCUUAUAGAUUUUAGGUUCCUACAUUCAUUAAAAUACAUAUAUUUUCAAACUAUUUAUCGUCGCCCCUUCAAACUUCACCACCCUGAGCUGCUGCCUCGAUAAGCUCUUGCUGGAGUCGGAACCAAAAGGUCAAAAUACAACCAAUGACCCAUCAGCUGAACAUCUGUUUGAACAUAGCUGCCACUGCUUAAUCAGUGCAUUUUAAUAAAGUUUCUAAAUGAAAACACAUUCAUUUCUCUGACAUGUUUCUAACAGCCUGUGUUUUUGUUGUUGCUGCUGUUUUUCUCUGUACAGUGUUCCUCUAGAGAACAGGAACAUAUAGAUCGAGACGCUCACAGUCUGACUUGGUUCUAUUCUUCCAGUGGAGUCUGACAGGAAUGAGCCAAUGGGAGUCGAGUGGGAGUGGUUUGAGUGAAAAACCAGGAUGGAGACAGGCGCCGAUUGGCUCCCGCGCCUCGAAAGGAGGGUAUAAAACGAUGAGGUCGGCGUUGUUGUGUUUACAGUAAUAUCACAGUGCGCACGGGAAACAGGGAGACUAUGAGAAAGCGCAGCUGCUCCAUUCAACCACAUGGUUCCUCAACCGCACAGACAAGCUGCGCUGUAGACAGCCGGGCUCACAUAGGAGACUCGCAACGGCGACUGUUGAGCCUCGCAGGGAGAAUUUUCAGCCGCACGGGCAGUUGAGAGCUGAUCCGGGAGGCGCACCGGCAAAAGUUCCGUCACUCGGAAGUCUCUUCAGGCAAAACGGAGUGAACUCAAAAGAAAGACAGAAGAAACUUGGGUGAACUUUUAUUUCUUAAGAUUUGCUUCCAACUCAUAGCUGAGGAGAUUUCUCCCCCCACUUCUCUUCUUGGCGCAUAAACUUUGUCACUGACUGAGCGCUUCCAGACUGGAGGAGGAAAUGGUGCAGCACAUGAGCCACACAGAGAGCACCCACGCUCACUCCCCCGGCGGGGACUCCACGGACACUGGAGACAUGGACCUGGAGAUGGACGCUUCUCCGGCCCCGGAGGGCUCCCCUUCCCCCCGGGAGCGCAGCGACCUGGCGUGGUGCAAAACUCCGACCGGCCACAUCAAGAGACCCAUGAACGCGUUCAUGGUGUGGUCGCAGAUCGAGAGGAGGAAGAUCAUGGAGCAGUCUCCGGACAUGCACAACGCCGAGAUCUCCAAGCGGCUGGGGAAGCGCUGGAAGCUGCUGAAGGACACGGACAAGAUCCCGUUCAUCCGCGAGGCGGAGAGGCUGCGGCUGAAACACAUGGCCGACUACCCGGACUACAAGUACAGACCCAGGAAGAAGGUCAAGUCCGGGAGCGCGGCGGGCAAGCAGGCGGAUCGCGGGGAGAAGAGCGGGGAGCGCGGCGCCAAAGCCGGCGGCGGCGGUAAGAGGAGCCCCGCGUCCAAAUCCGCGAGCAGGACGCUGAAACAGGGGAGCAGCAAGAGCGCUGCGGUGCAAGAGUACGCCUCCGCGGCGUUUAAAUCCAGGUCGGCGUCCGGGGCGAGGCAGAUCCCGGAGAAGCGCUCGGGUUCGGGGGAGGCGAGGCGCGCCCACGUGUUCGGCGGGACGGGCAGCAUGGAGAGCGGGCCUCCCUCCGUGGGCGUCCCGGCCAGUCCCACCCUGAGCAGCUCGGCGGAGUCCAGCGACCCGCUCAGCCUGUACGAGGAGCACAGCCCCGGCUCCACCGCGCGCCUCAGGUACGCACGCGCCUCCUCCCCGACGCCGUCCGCCUCGCACUCGUCCUCCUCCGUCUCCUCCGCGUCGUCGGACGAGGAGUUCGAAGACGAGCGGCUCGACCUGAACCCAAGCCCCGGCUUCGAGAGCACCUCUCUGGGCGGGAUGGGCUUCUCCGACGCCGAGCUGGACCGGGACUUGGACUGGGGCUUCGGGGAGUGCGGGGCGGGAUCCCACUUCGACUUCUCCGACUACUGCACUCCGGAGGUCACCGAGAUGAUCUCGGGAGAGUGGCUGGAGUCCACCAUCUCCAACCUGGUGUUCACCUACUGAAUCAGCCCCCCUCUUCCCUCCCACGUAUGAACUCUUCUAUCCCUCUACAAGACAAGAUAAGAAGAUUUCCGCCAUUUUUUUCACUUUUGAAUAAAUAAGAGUGAAUAAAGGAAAGAAAAAGAGGUGGCCUGCGUGCGCGGUGAAGCCCAGGUAUGCGGCGCUCAGACUUGGACAGCGCUCAGUGGCGCUUGACUGGAGGAAAUGCUUAGUUUGCAUUUGGAGAGGAGGAGGUAUGGAAUGUCAAACGUGCCACAAUUCAAUACAUAAGGAAGUUGGUAAAUAAAAAUCUAUAUACGUGAUCAUUUUAAACAGUAAAAAUAGAUACGUUAAAUAAGUAGGUAAGUGCAUCUGUGAUAUAUUAAGUUGUUUCAGUAAAAUCAUUUAAGUGUAUCAAAAGGAUUAAAAUCUGUUUUCUAAAACCACAUAUAGUUCAGGUGUUUGUAAUCAUUUCACAAUCCUGUGCUGUAGUAGAUGGAGAAUUUACCUUUAUGCGUCAGCCUCGCCCAACAGAGUCAGUAGGCGGGGCUAACACUGCUUCAGGCAAAAUGAUUGGUCGGCAGUUGAGCUGUUGUGCAAGGUAAACAAUCAGAUUUCAGCUGUCGAGUUAUAGUCACAGUUUAAAUUAUUGCAGUGCCAUAAACGUGUAACAUUUAAAAUCCAUGUAUUUAAGUUUUAAUUAUUGAGAGCUUUUAAUUAUUGGUGCAUUUAAUGAUUUGUUGUCACAUUCAUCUUUAAAGAUAUUUAUGUUAUUUAUUUAAUGUAUUUAUCAUGGCAUUCUUAAAAUUAUCAUGUAUAUAAUAUUUAUUUAGAAAAUGUAUUUAUUUAUUGGAUUGUGGCACUUUUGGCCCUCCCUAUUGAGGAGGAGUGAAUGUAAGCAGAGGAGCUGCAGAUGUUUAACUCGUUCCAUGCAGGAUGAGGACUGAGACUGAACUUUUUGAGUCACCGUAAGAAAUUUUUUUUUUUCUUUCGUUUUCUUUUUCUCUUUUUUGGAACACUUGGAGAGCUCUUGUGUUUGGUUGUGUUUUCGAAGAUAUAGCCAAUCCACACUGACCAUCACGUUCUGGACAUUUUUCUUCUCCUCAAAACUCAAUAUUUGUAGUGUGAACACGCAUGCUCUCCAGGAAGAGGAGGAAUUUUCUUAUUUAAUGCGUGAAACGAGACAAAAAAAUGUUUGUCUUUGCUGCGCAACUACGCAUUUUGUGGGCGCAUAGGACACAAUUCACUAUCACCAGCUUCUCUCUCAACGGCAGGAUUUAAAACAAAGACUGACUUUAAACUUCAGAAACGUAAAAAAAAAAAACACUCAGUGCACAAUUCAGGACCAAUGUUCUGCGCUUUCUCUCUGCCUAGUUCUUCAACUUUGUAGUUCUUGUGUCAGAUAUUCUUUCCAAAUAUGUACAGAGCCGGUCCAAGGUUAUAUUGGGCCCCGGGCAGAAUUUAAUAGGGGGCCCGCUUCCUGUUGAGGUCAUGUGCCCACCAACUACAACAGCAGGUCUCUUUCAUAUUGUCCAUGCUUGAUGCUUUUUUUCCCUCAGCAUUUGUUCUCAAACUGGUUUUAACAAAGAGUUUCUUAAAGACACAGUUCUGUUCUUUUGUUUUGUUUUAUAAACACUGGGUCUUACCUGUUAUAGAAAACUCAUUGAGUAAUUUAAUUUUAAUAUAAAAUGUCACAUAUUUGUUUAUAAGAGCUGGGCAAAGAGUAAAAAGAAGUCCCAAAAAUUUCCAACAAACCAUAAAUCGAUGUCAUGUUUGUACUGCCUUUACAACAAGCACAUUUAUUAAGCUGUCCUUUAAAAUUUCAUAACAUAGUGGUAUUUUUUUGGGGGGACCCCCGGCCAGCACGGGGCACCAAGCAACCCACAUACCGCUCAUGCCUUAGCCCGGCUCCGUACAUAUAUUACUAUAUAUAUUGAUGUAUUUAUACUGGCCAAACUUUUUUAUACAUAGAAGUAUUGUUCUCGUACAGGUCUCGUUUGUGUUUGUGCACACACACACACACACCUGUCUGUAUAUCCAGCGGCGGAAGGGCUAAGAAGUGUAUCUUAUUUAACAAAAAAAAACACACACACACACACACACAAAAAAAAACAGUGUCCGACUCCUCUCACUUUCAAAGAGAUUUUUGAGUGUGUCAUGAUUUUCUACUUGUAUUUUUGUACAAAAUCUAUAAAAGGGGGGGGCAGCCCUGCAGCAUUGUCGUUUGCAUCUACAUUGGUGGUUUGGACGUGCAGAGGGGGCACAAUCUGACCUCACACAGUGUUUACAGUAUUUACCCACAUGCUUCUUAAAUGGCACAGUGACUCCAGCUACACCAGCCGAGUAAACAAAGCGCCGCCGAGGCUCCUCCUGACUGUGUUUUCCAGUCCACUCGCACUCAAAACACUCUCAAACCUGAAGUCUCAAAGUGAAAGAUCCCAGAUAAAGAGUCACUGUUUGGAUAGAGCUAAUACCUCUGUGUGCUUGGUUUGUUUUUUUUUAUAUAUAUAUAUAUUUGGAGAUAAGUUUUAUUUGAACCACUGGACUCAUUCCACUUUUGCCUAGACUUUGGAGGGAGGAGGAAAUGUUUUUGAAGUGCUUCAUCUGUUAUUGCGCAAAUUGCAUCAAAAAAUAGUAUUUAACCUUUUUCUGUACCUGUUGGCUACGUAUAGCAGGCUAUUUGUUUAUUUUUUUUGUUUGUUUUUUUUUAUAUUAUGGCAUGGCAAAUAGCAUUUGUAUUUCAGAUUCAGGUAUAUGUAGCUAUAGCUGUUGUGUUUAAGAUUUUUAAAAGAAUAACAUGAAGAUAUUUAUGUAAACUGACUGUACUAUAAGCAAAGAUUGUGUGUUUUUAUGUAUCAUGAUCAACGACAGGCACUAGGACGGCCAUCUUUGGUGGAAGAUGAUUGUGGUCCAGGAGUUUCCUUUAAAAAAAAAAAAAGAAAAAAAGAAAAAAAAAUGAAAGGAAAAAAAAUUCUAUUGUCCUUUUUUUUUCUUUUUCUUUCCCAUUUGUGCAAUAUGUUGUGUUUGAUCAUGUUUUGUCCACUUCAGCCAAGAUCGUUUGAUGUCUUUUGCUCAAAAACCAGCCAACAUUUGGGUCAAUCACUGCCUCUCAGACCUCUGUACAGAUUGUCUUUUUUUAAAUUUUUCUUUUCUUCCGAGAAGGAAAUAAAAUCAGCUGGAACUGAAA